UUUCCAGAAGUUUCCUAGCAACCGCUGACGCUGAUGUCACUGUAUGCGGAAAUAUCACUCGAGCUCUCCAGCGAUAAAAGUGCACCUGUUGAAAUGGAUGUAUUAUGUGAAGCGAAGUCUAAACCGCUUUCCACGCUGUCAGUAUUCAGCUUUAUACCUCCCAGACGGACAGAGCCCAGAGAAAUGCGAUAUUUCAACUGCAGCCCCAAGGCCCCAGAGAGGUCUCUGUAUGACUGCUUACACCAGAGCACUGAGGACUACGAUAACAAACUCCACCGUGAUGACAGAAAACACACCAAAUCCCGGGGCCUCGACAUCUUCAGUGAGGAGUCAUCUAGACCAGCACCGGUUCUGUCCUCAUCUGUGUAUGGCCGAUUUCCCCCGCUGCCGUACGACUCGGAGAGGAGCUUUGCUCGUGUUGCUCACAUUCGUUCUGAUUUCUACAGUAAGAAUGGGAUCACCUGGACCGUGGAGGAAGGCUUUGGAUCUGUGGCACCCGUCUAAAUGUGUCUCUAACAUCUGGUCACAUCUGUCACUGCACAUUACUGUCACAUUACAAACAAAUGUCUGAUGCUACAGGCAGAGCAGAUUGUUACUAUCAUCUAUACAGUAUAAUAUAUUAAUCACAUGAAU